AGGGCGGAGCCUGCUGGAGUUCGAUGGGUGAGGUCAGAGCUGAAGAAGUAUUGCUGUCAGCUCACCAUCGACAUGAACACGGUGAACAGGAAACUCACACUGUCCCCCCACACCAGGAAAGUGGAGUAUCGGUCGGAGCCUCAGCGGUAUCCCGAUCAUCCCGACAGAUUCGACCGGGCUCAGCUGCUGUGCAGAGAUGGGCUGGUGGGUCGCGGGUACUGGGAGGUGGAGUGGACCGGCGAGGUUUACAUAGCGGUGAGUUACAGAGGGAUCAGAAGGAAAGGAGACAGCAACGAGACCCUGUUCGGGUGGAACAACCAGUCGUGGAGUCUGUACUGCUCCGAUACGUACACCGUCUGGCACGACGGCAAAGAAACGGCGCUCUCCUCGCGCUCCUACUCCUCAUCCUCCCUGUCCGACUCUGGUAGGGUAGCGGUGUACGUGGACUGUCACGCUGGCACUCUGUCCUUCCUCAAGGUCUCCUCUGACACUCUGACCCACCUCCACACCUUCAAGACCAAAUUCACUGAGCCCGUGUAUGCCGGCUUCAGAGUCUUCACUGCGUCCUCAAUGCGUCUGUGCUGAGUGGCACGGAGAGCGUCCACUCGUGGGUGGGCUAGGGUGGACGUGUUUUCAGAGUCAUGGUGGAGGGAGCUUUCUCUCGCUUCUCUUCCAGGUCACAUUUCUUUAUCCUGGAUGUGCUGGACUCGGGGUCAAAGGUGUGGCUGUAGUUCUGACCCAGGCAUCAGUGAUGUUCCCGCUGUGCUCCUCCCUGCCUGAGGGUGGUGCUGUUCACUGGUUAAAGACUUUAACUGGA